AUGGCUCUGCUCUCCGAUCUCAUCAACCUCGACCUCUCGGACUGCACCGAGAAGAUCAUCGCCGAGUACAUCUGGGUUGGUGGUUCUGGGAUGGAUGUGAGGAGCAAAGCCAGGACGCUGUCCGGACCUGUUGAUGACCCUAGCAAGCUUCCAAAAUGGAAUUUCGACGGCUCCAGCACAGGCCAAGCUCCGGGUGACGACAGUGAAGUCAUCCUUUGCCCUCGGGCCAUCUUCAGAGACCCGUUCAGGAAGGGGAAGAACGUUCUGGUUAUGUGCGACUGCUACGAGCCAAAUGGAAAACCGAUUCCGAGCAACAAGCGACACGGGGCGGCGACGAUCUUUAGCCACCCUGAUGUCAAGGCUGAGGAACCAUGGUUUGGGAUUGAGCAAGAGUACACCCUUCUUCAGAAGGACACCAACUGGCCUCUUGGUUGGCCGCUGGGCGGCUACCCUGGCCCUCAGGGACCAUACUACUGCGCCGCCGGAGCGGACAAAUCCUAUGGGCGGGACAUCGUGGACGCGCACUACAAGGCCUGCCUCUACGCCGGCAUCGACAUCAGCGGCAUCAACGGGGAGGUCAUGCCAGGGCAGUGGGAGUUCCAGGUUGGCCCUGCCGUCGGCGUCUCGGCCGGCGACCAGCUCUGGGUGGCUCGCUACAUUCUUGAGAGGAUCACAGAGAUCGCCGGUGUGGUUGUCUCCUUCGACCCCAAGCCAAUUCCGGGCGACUGGAAUGGCGCUGGCGCUCACACCAACUACAGCACCAAGUCAAUGAGGAGCGACGGCGGGUACGAGGUGAUCAAGAAGGCGAUCGACAAGCUGGGCCUCCGGCACCGGGAGCACAUCGCCGCGUACGGGGACGGCAACGAGCGCCGCCUCACCGGCCGCCACGAGACCGCCGACAUCAACACCUUCAUUUGGGGCGUCGCGAACCGCGGGGCGUCGGUGCGGGUGGGCCGCGACACCGAGAAGGAAGGCAAAGGAUACUUCGAGGACCGGAGGCCGGCGUCCAACAUGGACCCGUACGUGGUGACCUCGCUGAUCGCGGAGACAACCAUCCUGCGGGAGCCCAGUCACUCCAACGGCAGCGGCAAGGGCGCCGCGGCUCCUUGA